UCUAUCUUUGACUUUUUGAAGUUUUGAACUUUUACAUACUCCGAUUCUCUCUCUCUCUCUCCCCGAUAUUUCUCGCUCCCCUGUCUCCUCCGUCCGGUUCUCCUACGCCGCAUCAUUCGUUUCCCGCCGGAAUUCUGAGGCCCGCUUAUAGCCUUCGGAACAACUUAUAGCCGCUGGGAAACCGCUUAUUUCUAGCUCUGAACCGGUUGGCUUUCGCCAGUCCAAGGGAGUCCACGAGGUGGAAUCAGCGCUUGCUUGACUUGGAAAUGUCGAUGAAGGCGGCCCUAUAGGGCUUUCGUUCCUGAGGAGAGUCUCGGAUCUGUGGUGAGGCUAAUUUGAGCAGCGGGAGUGGAUGGUACUGUGCGGACGAGGCAGGUGUAGUCUAUGAUGACCGGAGCUCCGGCUAGCGAUCUGACAGGGUGGUGGCAUUUUGGUAAAUCUCGCACAUGGAAUGGCCGAUCUUGUUAGCUACGGGAAUGCAGACCGUGACAUCGAGAAGACAUUAAUUGCAUUGAAGAAGGGUGCUCAACUGCUUAAAUAUGGUCGUAAGGGAAAGCCUAAGUUUUGUCCGUUUAGAUUGUCAAAUGAUGAAUCAUCUUUAAUUUGGAUUUCUAGUGAAGAAAGAAGUUUGAAGCUAGCUUCUGUCUCAAGAAUUAUUCCUGGACAAAGAACAGCUGUUUUUCAACGGUAUCUGCGUCCUGAAAAGGAUUAUUUAUCUUUUUCUCUUAUAUAUAACAACGGAAAGCGGUCCCUUGAUCUGAUUUGCAAGGACAAAGUUGAGGCAGAGGCUUGGAUUACAGGCCUCAAAGUAGUAAUAUCCUCUGGUCAAGGUGGGCGCUCUAAAAUUGAUGGGCGGGUUGAUAGAGGCCUUUACCUUGAUGACAGUGGAGACUUGACAUCAAAUAGUGCAAGUGACAGUCCACUUAGUGCUCCUCGAGAUAUUACCUCAUCUGAGAUUUCUGUCUCCUUGAACUCAAAUAACUCCCCAAAGAGCUUUUGGCCUGACAAUUCUGUACGUUCUGAAAGGUCAUAUGCAUCAGACGAGACAAAUAUGCAAGUAAAAGGAUCUGGUUCAGAUGCUUUUCGUGUUAGUGUUUCCAGUGCACCCAGCACUUCCAGUCAUGGCUCUGCACCGGAUGAUUGUGAUGCGUUAGGUGAUGUAUAUAUCUGGGGUGAGGUUAUUUGUGAUAAUGAGAAGGUUGGGUCUGACAGAAAUGCUAAUUAUUUGACCCCAAAAGCAGAUGUGCUUCUUCCUAGGCCAUUAGAAUCCAAUGUAGUAUUGGAUGUACGCUAUAUAGCCUGUGGAGUCAAGCAUGCCGCCCUUGUCACAAGGCAAGGUGAGGUCUUUACAUGGGGAGAGGAGUCUGGAGGACGGCUUGGCCAUGGUGUUGGAAAGGAUGUUAGUCAACCUUGUCUGGUUGAAUCUUUGGCUGCUAGUAGUGUUGAUUUUGUGGCCUGUGGGGAGUUCCAUACUUGUGCUGUUACAAUGGCUGGGGAAGUCUAUACAUGGGGAGAUGGUACACAUAAUGCUGGGCUUCUUGGACAUGGCACGGACACCAGUCAUUGGAUACCGAAGAGAAUCUCUGGUCCACUUGAGGGACUUCAAGUUGCUUCAGUUAGUUGUGGUCCAUGGCAUACUGCAUUGGUAACAUCAACAGGGCAGCUCUUUACAUUCGGUGAUGGAACAUUUGGUGUCUUGGGCCAUGGAGAUAGAGAAAGUGUUUCUUACCCAAGAGAAGUAGAAUCUCUUUCUGGUUUGAGGACAAUUGGUGUUGCAUGUGGGGUGUGGCAUACAGCUGCGGUGGUGGAAGUUAUUGUGACACAGUCUAGUGCAAGUGUGUCAUCUGGUAAAUUGUUUACUUGGGGUGAUGGAGAUAAAAAUCGACUUGGUCAUGGAGACAAGGAAGCUCAGCUUAAACCUACGUGUGUGCCAGCACUUAUUGAUUAUAAUUUCCUCAAAAUUGCUUGUGGGCACAGUUUAACCAUUGGACUGACCACAGCAGGAAAUGUUUUUACUAUGGGGAGUACUGUUUAUGGUCAACUUGGGAAUCCCGAUGCUGAUGGAAAGCUACCUUGCUUGGUUGAGGGCAAGCUUCUUGGUGAAUAUGUUGAUGAUAUCACCUGUGGUGCAUAUCACGUGUCAGUAUUGACUUCCAGGAAUGAAGUUUAUACAUGGGGAAAGGGUGCUAAUGGGAGGUUGGGUCAUGGAGAUGUGGAAGAUCGGAAAACGCCAACUCUGGUUGAAGCUUUGAAGGACAGACAUGUAAAAUAUAUUGCUUGUGGUUCAAAUUACACAGCUGCUAUUUGUCUUCAUAAAUGGGUUUCUGGUGCAGAGCAGUCACAGUGCUCUGCUUGUAGACAGGCUUUUGGAUUUACCAGAAGGAGGCACAACUGCUAUAAUUGUGGACUUGUGCACUGCCAUUCAUGUAGUUCUAGAAAAGCAUUAAGAGCAGCAAUGGCUCCUAAUCCUGGCAAGCCAUAUCGUGUUUGUGAUUCUUGUUAUGCAAAACUGAACAAAGUGUCAGAAGUUAGUGGUAAUAAUCAGAAGAAUGCUUUACCUCGCUUGUCAGGUGACAGCAAGGAUAGGUUAGACAAAGCUGAUAUAAGAUUGUCCAAGUCCAUACCUUCUAACAUGGAUUUGAUAAAGCAAUUAGAUAGCAAAGCAGCCAAGCAAGGAAAGAAGGCCGAUGCAUUCUCCCUGGUUUGCUCUUCUCAAGCACCUUCUUUGCUGCAGUUGAGGGAUGUUGUUUUGGCUAGUGCUGUUGAUCUGCGACGAACUGCUCCAAAGCCAAUUCUCACACAUUCUGGAGUGAGUUCUAGGUCUGUGUCUCCUUUCUCGAGGAGACCCAGCCCCCCACGUUCUGCCACACCUGUUCCUACAACAUCAGGACUUUCCUUCUCCAAAAGUGUAACUGAUGGUUUGAAGAAAACAAAUGAGUUAUUGAAUCAAGAAUUGGUCAAGUUACGCACACAGGUGGGGAGCCUGAGGCAGAAAUGUGACGUUCAAGAAUUAGAGCUUCAGAAAUCAGUGAAAAGGGCUCAAGAGGCUAUGGCACUCGCUGCAGAGGAAUCUGCUAAAUCUCAAGCUGCAAAAGAAGUUAUAAAGUCUCUUACAGCUCAGCUUAAAAGUAUGGCUGAGAGGCUGCCACCUGGGGUUUAUGAUGAAAUGAGGCCGCCUUACCCAUCGAAUGGUCUAGGGCCAAAUGGCAUUCGCUAUCCAGACACACAUGUAGAGCGUCAUUCAAGAUCUGAUUCAAGCAGCAGCUCUUAUUUGGCUUCUACCCCAGGAAUCGAUUCUAUUUUAAUAAAUGGAACUCAGAGCCCAACUCCUUCACCUAGGGAUCUGGCUGGAAACAAUGAAAUUAGCGCAUACCAAGAAAAUCAAGAGCUUGUGACCUCCAACGGAACCAGUGAAAAUCCAAAUACGAGGCUGCCAAAUGGCGGUGGAGGGUUUCAGAAAAGUAGCGCAAGUUCAUCAGAGUCAGUUAAUGACAAGGAAUCCAGAGCUUUCCUAGAAGGUGAAAAUGGUGCGAGAUCUAGAAGUUCUAUGAUGGCUGGUAGCGGCAAUCAAGUUGAAGCAGAAUGGAUAGAACAGUAUGAGCCUGGUGUAUAUAUAACUCUCGUGGCCCUGCGAGACGGCAGUAGAGAUCUCAAGCGUGUUCGUUUCAGCCGAAGAAAAUUUGGUGAGCACCAAGCUGAGACUUGGUGGUCGGAGAAUCGUGAAAAGGUGUAUGAGAGGUACAAUGUUCGUGGGUCGGACAAGUCGUCAGUUUCUGGCCUGGCUGCACGCAGAUCAGAGGGAGCUGUCUCACCAGCUUCCCAACCUUAGCAAAAAGGGAGGGAGUGAAACACCAUCAACUCAUUUUACAUCGGUAAUUAUGGUGAUUUUGAAACAAAAAAACCUUUUUUCUCUCCUUUUUUUUUUUUUUUCCUUUUGUAUUUUAUUUUCCAUUCUUCUCCCCUUCCUUUUUUUUUUUUCCUUUUUAGAAUUAUUUUGUUUUGUCCAUUACAUUCACAUAUAUGUUGUAAUGUAGUGUAUAUAGAAUCAUCAAUUCCGAGUUGAUCUCGGCAAAAGGAAGUUUUUGUUCUCUGA